AUGUCGUGUCCCUUCUUUUUCGUCUCCCGCAGACCCAAGGGUGGAACAUCACAAGUUCAGCUACAGAAUGAUUUAUAUGACUGCCUAAAGAACAUUUCUGAUCAAAUAAAGAAAGAUGGCGUUUACGUUCCUGAGGUUUUACGACCUCUCGUGCGAUGCGUUAUUGUUGAGACCGUUGUUGGACCGUCCCAUAUAGCUUUCCGACUUCAAGAUGGUCGAGUGUGUCGCUUGGCUUUCUCGCUCCGAGCCGAUAAAUUUGUAUGUGUCAACGAGAAGAAGCGAGGCCGCUCUUCAGACUCAAGGAAUGAGUUCCCUUACAGUCGUGAUAGCAACGCUGGCCCCGUGCGAGUUUCUAAUGCUCCUGUUGCUCUUCGAACUCUACGUGCACCAAUGAGUGUUCUGGGGAGGGGCAGUAGAUCUAUGAGCUUGUUUCGAGAAAUGCAACGUCAGGGGCUCUAUCUGCGACCCCUAAGUUCCCAAAUAUCGCCUGCUGACGUUCCUGAGAAUCUUAUCGAACAGUGUCAAAUGGUUUUGCAGGGCAAGUCCAGGCAGCUAAUCAUUCGGGAACUACAGCGUACCAAUUUGGACGUCAAUAUGGCUGUAAACAAUAUGCUAUCGCGUGAAGACGAGGCAGAUUUUAAUGGAGCCUCUGGAGCCGUCAACAUCGGUGAUGACUGGGAAGAUGAUGCGGAAGACAUUUUUUCCCUUCUUGACCAUCCUGAAGGUUUGCUCUUGGAAGGAGAAGGCGGUUUUCAGGAAGACAUUAUUGAUAGAUCCUCGUCUCCAAGGUUUAGAAGAGAGAUUCUUAUGGAUUGUGAUCGAACACUUGGUGACCACGCCACUUAUACAGAUCGUCGAAAACGCAGAAGAUUUGAUGCACAAGGAUUCCUGCGUAAUUCUGAGACCUACAGUGGUCGUACGGCGGAGUCUCGUCUAUUUUUGCGUAACAUGGGACUCCCCGACGAAAAGGUAGUGUGUUUUUGUCCAAAUAUUUAUAUCUGGGGUCUUCAGCAGGACGAAGAAAGUGGUUAUGAAUCAGUGUCGGCGUCUACAAAAUGUGUCGAGAGCAACGUACAGCUAGGCGAUCGUCUCGAGUUUUGGCCCACAAACUCAGCUGAAUCAGUUGGCUCGCAUUUCGUCAGCAUUGCCGCCCUCUACACUGAACUUGUCGCAAUUAACAGUCGUGGUGAACUCCACCAAUGGAAAUGGCAAAGUCCUGAACCCUUUAAUCCACAUGCUGUCAAUUCGCCUCCAUUUAAUUUGUCAGACCAAUCAGAAAUUGGUGCAUCGCUAGUUAACCAUCGCCAUCCCCGCGCCACUAGUUUGGGAAUCACCCAUGAAAAGAUAGUCUCCCUCUCGGGAUGCGUCACUCGCGCAUCGAUUAUGACAGCGUCUGGAGCUAUUGCCACAUGGAUGGAUGAGAUGCUGCCCAGUCUUUUCCACUCUGCUGCCCCCGCAUCCUCAGCGGCUGCCACCGCAGCAAGCGCAGCUCUCAUGCGUCUCGAACAUCCUGCGGUACACUUCAAUGAACUUAAGUCGGAGGUUGUUAUUCGUGUUUACACUGCACCGCUUAUUACUGUGGUCCAAUGUGCUUCAGGUGCGGUCUUUUGGUGGGGCGUUCUGCCCUCCUACAUUAGACAACGCAACGCCGAAAAACAGAAGCAUUCUGGUUCUGCAUCAACUACUCCCAUCACUACUGGCACAACGGCUAAUGCUAGUCGCCAUCGAAGCACCAGUGGCAGCUCUGAAAUGGGUUCAAAAGCGCCUGCUGUUGCCAGCACUGCUACCACCUGCACUCCACCUCUCAGUCCAGGAGAUUUGGUAUGUAUGAGGAAUGCGCCUAUGUUUCACUCUGGUGCAAUUGGUUUCACAUUGAUCAAUGGCAUACCCAAAGUGGGAGUAUUGUUGGAAGAUGCGUGGAAGCUGACCGACGUUUGCCGCUUCCGUGUUAAGUCACCCUCUGGACUGAGGGGACAGACUGGUGUUGUAGUUUUCGGAACAGGUGGCAGUACAGUUGCAGGAAAGAACAGUUCCACAGAAGCGGUUCAUGCUCUUACUUGCCCCUAUGCUCAAGCUGCUGCUGCAGCUGCGGCUGCUGCCGCCGCGCAAACUGAUCACGAACCUCCUUCCACCGACUCGGGUGUAAUGGAGAUGCCUCCGCCUCCCUCACCUGCUUCAUCUACAUGUUCAGAUCAUUCAGGACCCGUUAAAGUCAGUCCAAGAACAUUUAAGCGUAAAAAGGCUCCAAGCACUUCAAGUGAUGGCAGUGGAAACGGUGGCGGAACAAGUGGAAGCGGCGCUCGUCGUGUACCUGACCAGCUGGAUCAGCAGCAGCAGCAGUUAACGAAACAAACGACCAAACCAACUACACCAAAGUCGCAUCACGAUGAAGAAAUUGAAGACUGGUGUUUGAGUGAAGUAGUCUUCGUGGAGGAUGGCCGGACUCAACCAGUGGGUGUGCUGCUGAAAAUUGACAGAACUAUUGCCGCUGUGAAGUUUCUCAAAGAACAGGAUCGCGCCUGCUUGGCUGCCCGCUGUCCUUCUGCUCCCGUUUGCCUCUUCAUUAACCAGAUCACAAAAUCUGCUCCUGCUCUUCAGAAACCAUUCGCUGCUCCUCCCGCUGCUUCUUCCUCAACCGCUGCUAGUGCACUUGUCGCUCCACAUGAUCCCAUGGCCUGGCUCAAUGAUUGCCGUCUAUUAAAAAAGGACGAUUUGAUGCAGGUGAAGCAGACAGCGGGUGGGGGACUGUCCCAGCGCAUUCCAGACUUUGUUCAACCAACACCGCGCCACGUAUUGAUGAAUUUUCUCACCUCCAAGUCGAAUUCCUCGUCCAUCAACACGUCAAAAAAGCGAAUUUUCGCUCUGGCUCCGGAAAACUCACGUCUCCAUGCUAUUGUAGGUCGAGUCGAACCAGAAUCAGGCACUGGAAGCGGCGAGGAGCAGCGAAUGCGACAUCUGGAAUACCAUGUUUUUACGCUGAAUGGGAAGACUGUAUCAUCUCGACGAUUGCCAGCUCUUUCGAGGCUCACAGCUGGUCUGGAGGAUACGAUUGAAGUGAACGGAGCGAAGAGCUCUCUGUACUCUGACAUUAUGCUCACAUGUCCUGCUGAGCGUCCUUUGCUGCUACGCGACUCUGUUGGAGUAGUAUUCCCUUUUCUACCACCUUCGCGUCCUGGCCAGGAGUCCUGGGUGUUUCCUCCCUGGCUAGACCUACCUGCAGUACAGUGUGCCGCCCUCUCCUGGAUUAGCGCUUCCUCUCCACGCACAAUCUCGGCCACUAUCUCUGCCUCCACCCCUCAGCGCGACACUGAGGUAACUGCCGCAGGUUCUGUGUCUAGGCCCGGCGGUGAAAACAGCAAGAGGAUGGCCUUAUCUUCUGCCACUGCUAGAGAUCUUCAAGGCGACCAACGCCUCCUACUGGGUGUGAUAGUUGUCAGAGAGACCAGCCUAUUGCAACAUAUCCUGCGUGCUGAUGAAGCAAAAGUGGAGGAAACGCUUCGAUUGUUGAAUACAGCACCAUCUAGUCGAGUGGAGUCGAUAGCAAAUGAAAUGGCAGACGGUCAUCGGACUCUCCUUCAUGUGGCUGUAUUAAUGUGUGCUCCAUUGUCUCGCGAAACCCCAGAGAUUACUGAGCGUCUGGAAAACAUCCUUAAACGCGUAGGCAGCGGAAAUAUUGGCUCCUCCUCUGCUCCACCACUGCAGGCUCCACCGCCUCCCUCCGAUGGCAGUGGAUGGACCACCAUUUCUCCUUCUCCUCCACCACCACCUCCUCCGCCCCUUCCGAGGUCAUUGCACUCUCUUCUCAAUCUAAGCGCCUCUAACAAUCAGCGCUCAUCAAAUGUUGGGGUGGCGUCAAGCGUCGUCACCGCCUCCCCCUCCUCCUCGUCGGUUCAUGAUCUCUUCAUUCGCUCGCCUCUGGAGGCUGCAGCAGCAAGCGCGGUGGAGGCAGCGGCUACGGUAUCAGUGACCGCUCCCUCUUCCUCAUCUACGUCAUCUGGUGGUCACUUCUGUCACAUGGCUCCGCUUCCUGUGACCGAGGAGACAUCGCGUAGAGUCGCUUCGCAUCGGAUCCUCCGCGCUCUCGUCCUUCAUCCUAGGCUUCGCACUCUUCUGCCGCGUCUCCUUGCGUGCCUUUCAGACGAUGGACUGACGCCAUUUAUGCUGGCUAUCCAAUGCAAGGCCUAUCAAGUGGCUGUGUUUUUGUUAGACUUUCUUGCGGAAUUGGAAGGCAUUCGUUCGGAUGGUAGCGAGGAGUCCGCGUACCAGUUUCGUUACACUCGUCUCAUGCGCUAUAUUUUUCCACCCUCUGCUCGCCUGGACGACUCGCCGCUCUUCACUCUCUGCUACAAUGACACUUGCAGUUUUACCUGGACUGGACCUAAUCACAUUCGUCAGGACAUUUUUGAGUGUCGCACCUGUGGUCUCAUGGACUCGCUUUGCUGUUGUUCUGAGUGUGCGCGUGUUUGUCACAAGGGGCACGACUGUCGUCUAAAACGCACAUCUCCCACGGCCUACUGCGACUGCUGGGAGAAGUGCCGCUGUCGUAGCCUCGUUCUCGGUCACCAGGCUUCACGACUAUUCCUCUUUCAACGCCUUCUACUUCACACUGAUCUCGUGUAUUUACCCAACCGGGCAAAUGAACAUCUUCUGGUUUACCUCACUCGUUGCGUUGAGCGCCAGACAAGAGAGCAAAAGCAGUACAAGUCGGCACGAAGACGUGGGGGCAGCAGUGGCGGCGGCGGCGGAGGCGGAAGUGGAGGCUGUGGUGGUGGAAAUGGUGGUAGUGGUGGUGGGGAACGUGGAACUCUAUCUGUUGCUCGUGCGGGUGGAUCCUCAUUGGACGAACCGGAGCACGACCUUGAACCACCGACCUUCUCAAGAGAUGCUCUUGAAUUAGUGUUGGAUUCAAAAGCAGCGGCUGCCAGCUUGCUGUGUGAUUGUAAAAAUGUUGUCGCGACGGAGCCUUUCGCGAAGCUUGGGGACAGAAAAGGGAAAACUGCAGCUUGUCAAUCUGUAAUGGCAAUUCAAUCGGGUACCUCUCAGCUUGACGAUUUUGUCUUCACUCUUCUCUGCAAAUGUCCGGCAGAAUUUGUGCAGCGCUUAGUUAACACCCUAGCGCGCGGCCUUUCUGACCACCUUUCCAGUGAUCGCGGUGUAUGGCGUCUCCUUGCCCUCACCCUCCCCUCCGUCACAGGCUCUGGUACCGAAAUCACCGACUCCUACUUCUAUUGCCAGCGCGGUAUUGCACGGUUCUUGCGCUCUGUAGCCCGUGUCUACACUGGUCUUAUGCUCGAACUUAGUCCCGAUCACCAUAAAAAGAAACCACGCUUGGUAACACAAGCACAGCCUCUUGAGUUAGCGCGUUUUGUCUUCUAUCAACUGGCCCCCAUUGCUCUCCCCGAGCUUGCUUCCCUCGCAGUAAAGGUCAUCACACCAGUACGCAUCGGUGCGCUUCGCUCUACUGCAACCUUUAAUCUCACCUCGCAGCAAAGUGAGGCCAUUCACGGUUUCGACCAAGUUCUGUCUGCGGAGAGAUCCUCGUUCUCCCGAUCACGUCAAUCGCAAUCUUCUACAUGCGCCUCUUCUGCAAAUGGUUCUUCUGGCUUGGCCAAUGCUCUUGACUGUCCCAACUCUGUGAUUCGUCGUUUACUCUAUGGUUGCGAUUCAGCAGGUUAUGAUACCCCUGCAUUGCUACCAACAUGGAAAGUCAAUGAGCGUCAGCAGCCACUGGCUUCACCUCCCAAAGUUGAGCAACAGCAGCAAGGAAAGCCAUCUCAACAAACUGAACGUGUCAGUACUGAUGUUACUCUCUACAACGUGGAAGAACCUAUGGACAUUGAUAGUACAAGUCAAGAGCCAGCUUCAGGCUCCUUAAACCGUGUCAAACGUCAUCGCCACCGCAGCCAGAGCAGUGGGGGCGGUGGGGAUCAUCAAAGUCCCCCUUCAAAGCAUCGCCGUCGGCACCGCCACCACGGCAGACAUCGACGUAACCGCGACGCUACUGAUCCACCGCCACAACCGCCCGCACCAUUACCGCCUGUCAUUGUGGUUGAGUCUUCUGUAGCAACUACAAAUUCCACCGCCUCUACGAAUCCCUUCGCUGAGAUGGAACUCCUCCCUGCACCCAGCGGCGAUUCGGAUACAGAUGCGGAUGUCCGGAGCAAUGAAUUGGACAGCAAUGCUACCACUGCUGCUGCCGCUUCCACCCAUACUGUAGAGGAAGAGGAGGAGGAAGAGGAAGAUUUCAGUGAUACGGCAUCAGAGGAAGAAGAAGUUGCAGCGGACUCCGAAGUGGAGACGCAUUCCAUCACAAGCAGUACUGGUGGUGGCGUUGGUUGUGGUGAAGGCGGUGGAGAUGGAAGUGGUGCUGAGAGAUCUCUACUACUCAACCAAAAUCCACAGAUUGAGGCUUCUGGGUCGCAACACAGUUCUAUAAGUAGUACAGCAGCCACUGCAGGCACCACAGGAAGUGUUAUUAUGGAUAUGGAUGCCUCUGUUGCGGGUGGUAGUCUAAGCACUGUCUCAGGAGUAGUAGCGUCAGCAUCUUCUCAGCAAGAGUUCAUUGCUUCUUAUCCACCCGAGCAGGAUCAGCAACCACCACCAGGAGGCAACAACACAAUGGACGAUGAUACCGUAGUUGUCACCAUGUUCUGUGGCAGUGAUGAGGAGGAGGAAGAAGAAGCUGAUGAGAACGAAUUAGAUGAAACCCUUCCAAUAUCGGAAAUGGGUAUCGAAGAGGAUUUGGAUCAUGGUACUCGCCGGCGUGAUCAGCGUGAAGAUGAUGUUAGUGAAGUUGAAGACGAUGAUGAAGAUGAGGAGGAGGAAGAGGAGAUCGAAGACGAUGAAGAGGUCGGCGUUGAAGAGGAAGAGGAGGAGGAGGAGGAUUCUGAGGACGAUGGAGGUGAUUCAGAAGAUGAUGAGGAUGAAGAUGAUGUUGAGGAGGAAGAGGAGGAUGACGAUGAAACUGAAGAAGAGGAAGAAGUUGCACAAGGACAUGGUGUAGAAGGAGAGGAAGAAGAUGAAGAGGAAGAAGAGGACGCCUACUCCCAAGAAAGCGAACCGAGCCCACCACCGUCUUCUCCAUUUUCGCCGUGGUCGCGACAUCCAGGUGGGUCGUCAAGUGCUUCUGCUCCCACAACCUCCACAGAAGAUGCAACUCCUACAACCUCGACAUCCACCACUGCGACUACUGCAGCUUCCAGAAAUUUUCCCACUUCUUCGUCCACUUUGGCUCGUCUUUACUCUGCGGCUCUCUCCUCAGCCUUUGAUCAACGUUCGGGGCGCAAUGCUUCACUUGCUUCACGCAACGCUCUAGCGGGUCUGAACCUUCUCAGUGCUCCUCUAUCACCGCCCAGAACAAGCUCCAAUAACGCAAACAGUAGCUCGACGAUCACUACGAAUGCUCUCAACGGAGUUACUCCUACCGCUAGUAGCGCGCCCAUCGUUGCUAUCACCGAACACCCUUCUAAUAACGACGCCUCAGAAGCAAAAAAGCAUGGGAUCCAUGUAACGCAAAUCCAACUGAGUCGAGCCUUUUCCUGUCUGCUUCGACUUCUCGCUGACGUGAUGGCGGAUCUCGUUAACCGCAGCAACGAAGGUGUGGAUACUGAACCAGAAAUUGUGGAAGCGGAAGGGUCGGGUUCCACUGGAUCUAACAUGAACAACAGCGAUAUGCGGCGAUGCGUCUCUGCACCUGUGUUCGUGCACUCUUCGCUGGAUUUGCCACUGUUACGCAAGCUGCGUGUUUUCUCGCGCAAGAGUAAUGGCUGCUGUCUUGCACCGCUGCGUUCUCUCGUGGCCGCUCGUCCUACUGACAGUGUAGAUCAAGCUCUCAUCUGCACCACGGUGGGAUUUGUGCUAGCGCCAGUGUGGGCGUGGCUCACCGAAGCUCUCGAUGGUUUAGAGUCGCGUCUUCGUGCUAGAGCUGCGUGGAACUUUCAGCAUCCGAAUGCCAGUUUGGUUGAACUUUCUCCCCUAGAUUCAGGACUCACUAGCCGUCGGAAGGAAAGCAAGUCGGAUCGAAUUGGAGGUGGUGGUAGAUCUGGAUCCCAACAUCAACAGUCUGGUGCGGAGAACACGGCCUCAAAUGAAGCCGGAUCAAGUUCCAAUGCUACAGGAACCGCAGCAUCAUCUGCGGGUAUGGGACACAACGUCAACACCGGUGCUGUCACUACAGGCAACGGCGAGGUUGGUACGGGUGGAGGUGGGAGCGGAGGAAGAAAUUCUUCGAAUCGUCAACAGCUCCUUAGCUACUUGCUAUCAUUAAUGCGUACAGCCAAUAAUGAUCAUGGUGUGGUCGUUCCACCCGUCGAUGUCUACAGUUACAAACACACCGCCUACCUCGUUGAUGCCUUCCUUUACUUCUUUAAGGUCUUCGAAAGCACAUGGCCCUCAGGUCUGGUGCACCAUCUGAUCCACCUCCAUGACUUUGAUUCCACCGCAAACGAAGGCAUGGAAGUGAGCGAAAAGGAAGCAGAUGAUCUGGGCACAACUGCACCUGUGACAUCAGCAGGAUUAACAGAUGGAUCCAAUGCUACCGAUAAUGCAGUAGGUCUUUUUCAAGGUCACCCGCUGGCCCAACGCUCUGAUGCCUUCUUCCGUCGUUCAGCCAGCACCCUCUCUCUUGUUGGCGUGGGUGUUGAUCCUGUUCUUGCUCCUGCCUCCGAGGCGAUGCCACUGGCUUUCACGCCACAACAGCUUCAUCCGAAUUCUCGACGCUCUGAACUUUUUGGCACCGUCAGAGAUUUCGAAUCUGAUUUCCUCUCUUCCUCUGUUCAACCCGAGAACAAGGUUAGUUUUCGCGACAAUGAGGCAGAUGUCAAGGCCCUGCACUACAUUCGGAUCGGAAGGUCAUUCAAGGACUCGAAAAUGGGCACUCAAAUCACUUGGGGUGGUGAGUUCCUUGACACAGCCUGCCACACGGGUUCUGUACUGACACGCUGGUGUCGCAGCUUGGAGGCCUUCAGCCAAGCUUUUGCUGAAGAUGUGGGCUCGGAGCAUCGCAGUUACAUGCUCGAGUUGGCCCGCUUUCCUGAUAAAGAGGCGCGCUUCCGUAAGGAGAUGGAACGCCUCCGAAAUGCUACUCGACGUGAUCUCACUCUUGAGGUAGAACGGGAUCCAAACGCCCUUAUCAUCUCCACGGUUCGCCAGUUGAACACCGAGUUCAGCCGUCGUCUCUCUCAAACUUCCACGAUCACUCAAAUGCUAAUCAUGCGUGACUCGCUUCCAUCCCGUUACUCGGAUCUUCUACAUAUUUCCGAUGCUGCCACUUCGCAGCAACCUUCUCCGAACCUCUCUGCUUCUGCCUCACCAAUUCUCUCCUGCCGACGAUUGAAGGUCACUUUCAAGGAUGAACCUGGUGAGGGCUCCGGUGUAGCGCGGUCCUUCAUCACCGCUUUCUCCGAAGCGGUGCUUGCUAACGUUGCUCUGCCCGAUCUCUUACCACUCUUCGCCUCUGUUACUGGGGCUCCCAGCGCUCCCUCCGCUGCUGACUCAUUUCAGCCAAGAUCGCCCUCCCUCUUAAUGGCAGCAACGUCGCGUCUAUUGACACGCCUACGAUUACCCUACAGUUCACAUGUUACUUCGGUGCAGCAGCCUCCCUCUACUACCUCCACCAGCACCACGUCAGUAAUUACUCCCGCAGUUUCUACCAGACUAAGACGCGGUGACUUGCAUGCGGUGGGCCCGGCUUCUCGUGCCCUCUUCCGUAAUCCGGUCACUUCCUCCAUCUCCAUUAAUCUGUCUCCCUCUUCUUCCACUAAUGUCGCUGCCGCAUCAGCACCUAACGCCUUAAUGGAGCGGGAAGAUGGGGAGAGAGAGAGCAUCGGUCCUCAGCUGGCUUCCUCUCCUUCAACUUUGAGUGCGAAGACGUCCGGUGAAGUGCCAACAACGACAGCAGACACGGUCAGUAGCGGCGUUGAAAUGGCGGAGCGUUCACCCCUCUUCUGGCAGCCUGGCGUCACAGGCUUCUAUUCGCCUCGUGGUGUUGGUUCAAACCUGCCGUCAGACUCACCUGAACUUCUUUGUCGUCUCUCUCUGUAUCGUUGCGUCGGCCGAGUGAUUGGUUUGUGUCUACUCUUCAACGAGACUUGCCCUUUACGCUUCAACCGCCAUGUUUUGAAGUACCUCCUUGGACGUCCACUGUGCUGGCAUGACUUUGCUUUCUAUAAUACCACUGUUUAUGAGGGUCUGCGUCAGCUCCUGCUCUACACCACCUCAGAAAGGACUGAAGGCGAAUUUCGCACCAUUUCUCUCCAUGGCAAGCGUUUCGAAACCACGCUUCAGGCUCCGGACUCGAUUAAGGAUUACAGCCUUACUUUCUCGCUCAUAAUGGCACCGGAAGAGGGAGGCGGUGUUGGUGGUGACGGUAGUGGAGUCGAUAUUGGCGGUUCGCCUGCGCCUCAGCAACAUCUCCUUGUCCCUGGAGGUGAUGAAAUCGAAGUGGAUUCAGAGAAAAUAUACGAAUUUGUCAAACGAUAUACUGAAUUUAAGAUGGUCGAAGCCGUUAAGGAACCUCUUGAGCAAAUGCGGCUGGGUGUUUUUGACGUCCUCCCUGCAAAUGCUCUGGAUGGUCUGACUGCGGAAGACCUACGACUUCUCCUGAAUGGCAUCUGGGAUGUUGACGUAGAUCUCUUAGCUAGUUACACCACCUUCCUGGACGAGUCUAAUUGCGGUGCUGCUGCUGCUGCUGCCGCCGAAGGGGGGGUUCAAGGCGAAGGCGGUACUGACAACAGCACCACCGUUACUGCUGCUAACGAACGUGUGACUCGUCUUAAGCGCUGGUUCUGGCAUGUUGUUAGGAGCCUCGAUGCUCGCCAACGUCAGGAUCUGGUUCGUUUCCUUCCCCUCUAUACUACUUAUUUUGAUAAAGCUCCGCUGUACUUUUGGACUUCGUCACCGGCCCUGCCAGCGAGUGCGCAGGGCUUCGCACCGAUGCCCACCAUUAUGAUCCGACCGGCAGACGACCAGCAUCUGCCUACGGCGAAUACUUGCAUCUCACGGCUCUACUUACCGCUCUAUUCCUCAAAGCACAUCCUCCGCGAAAAACUCCUCCAGGCUAUUGAGACGCGCAGUUUUGGCUUCGUCUGA